AUGGAAGCAACAAGAUUAACGCAUAUACUCGACAAUACUUACAUUCCACCUCGCAAGAUAGAGUCUGAGUUGACAGUUCCGCCUUAUCACCCAUGUUUAAUAGUCCAAGACAAACAAACAGAUACUACCAAAUUGAAACCUUGCGGUUGUGCUGAUAGCUAUUGUGUCAAGAAUGCACCUGACUGGAUCCCAAGAGCAAAACGUUAG